AAUAUCAAAAAGAAGUAACAAAGAUAAAUAGAAACAAAUUGUAGUAUAUAAAUACAAAUAAAAAAGAUAAUCGAAUUAUUACACUAUUACCCUAUUGCUAACAAAAAACACACAAAUUAAACUAAAUUGCACAAAUCCUUUAUCACACAAAUAGAAUAACACAUUUAUAAAGAAGAGAACCUGAUUAUUACACUAUUGCACUUCAAACAAGAAACACACAAACUAAAUUGCACAACUGCCAUCUACACGUAAACCCUGAACUUUCUUGCCUUCAUCAAUUACAUCAUCAUAAUAAAUCUGCCCAGCCAUUGCAUAGUUAAUACUGAUGACAGAAAGGCCACUAAGGCGUUCCUGUGACAUGGUGGACCUCAGGUAGGAUUUCAUGAGCUUCAAGCUUUAAAAAGCUCUUCUCUGCUUCAGCUAUGGUCACUGGAAGAGUAAGACACAUUCUGAGAGCAGUCCACAAAUUUGGAUAAAUUUCUAAGUGCUCCCUUUUGUGCAUAAAUAUCAUCAGCUCAAGCAGGGUCAUGGUCUUCGAUGGCAAGUCAGGCAAGUUCUUCAGUUCCUGUGCAAGCUCUCUGCCAUCCAAGUCUGAGUGUUCUUUAUAGUGCAGUGUCAUACUAAGGGAUUCACAUUGUUGUGUCAGCUCCUCAUUUGAGAGACUUUGGAAGGUUGACAGCACUCCAAACUUCUCUCCCACACUUCCUGAAGGGCUGAGGUUGCAGAAUCAACAAAGACAUUGAAAAAAUGUCACCUCCAGCUUCUUCAGGGCCAUCACUCAAAGGCUCAUAAAAGGAUUUGUAUGAAAAGUGCCUGCUUUGUGGACCUCAGACUUUUCUGUUGUAGAACGGCCUCUACAUUCAUACCGUCGCAAACAUCCUUGGCUGACAUUUGUGCGGUCAUAAAGCCUGUUGCCCUGUAGUUGCUGAGACCUCGCUCUGUCUUUCUGAGAAGUCUGACUGCAACAUCCACAUGCAUACUGGGAGACUGCAUCAGCUUGCUUACAUUUUGGAUCUGGCUCCAGAUGUCACACCACACCACUGUACAGAUGCUGAAGCGGUAUGAUCCCACCUCCUCUGACAAGGACUGGGCCUAAAUCUUUAUCACAGGGUCUUUGGUUUGAUCCCUCACCUCAAUCAGUGCCUCUCUCACCGCUGCUGCCUGAUACCUCAGUGGCUCGACACUCUUAACUUUACUCUCCCACCUUGUCUCAGUCCACAUCUUCAAAGUGAUGUCCACAUGUUUUUUCGGGAUGGCCCAUCGCUGUGUGGAGGCUGAGAACAGGGUGUACAGUUUGUAUAAGAUGCCAAAGUAUAGAAUGAUAGAGAAGAAUUUUGCCAGCUUGAUGUCAAUCACCAGGAUUGAAAUUACCUCAACAAAUCAAUGAGUUCAUUCUGUAUUUGGUGGCCAAAGUAGUUGGUGGUGUGACUCGAGGUCCCUUUUUAGACACGGUUGAGGUGCUCUUUCAUGACUGGAUCAAAUUGUGCCAGCAGUUCAACCUCUUUGAGGAAAUUUCCAUUUGAUGGAGAGUACAGCAUUUAUGUGUGUCCCCUUAGUGCCAGAUGUGCUAUUUGAUAGAUUCCCCCGCUCCCCCCUACCUCAGGCUUCCAGUGGGGAGACCUGAGGUCAACCUACCAUCGCCCCCCCCUCCCCAUCUCGUACUUCUGAGUGGGAGACCUUCCUAGGUAGUAGCCUGCCUACGUCACAAACUAAAAUCAGGGCGCCCACUCCGACAAGGUUAGUUGACCCACAGUCCCACACAGUGACGUGCAAGUGGCGUGACGUGCAAAUGAGCGAUAGAAAACCAAUCGUGCAAAUGUCACCAUUCCAAAAAUGUUUGUUUGGCCGCCCCGUGCCUCCCCCAGCAAGAUGGCGCCCUGGGUGGCUGCCCAUGUUACCCAUACCUAAAUCUGCUGCUGGAUGGCAGACAGCGUGUUUGGCGUUGUGUCGGGCGAGCGGUUUGUCGAUGUCAGCUUUGUUAACAGAGUGCCCCGUGGUGACGGUGGGGUUAUGAUAUGGGCAGGCAUAAGCUCCAGACAACGAACACAAUUGCAUUUUAUGGAUGGCAAAUUGAAUGCACAAAGAUACCGUGAUGAAAUUCUGAGGUCCAUUGUUGUGCCAAUCAUCUGCCGCCAUCACCUCACGUUUCAGCAUGGUAAUGCACAGCCCCACGUAGGAAGGAUCUGUACAAAAUGUAUGGAAGCUGAAAAUGUCCCAGUUCUUCCACGGCCUGCAUACUCACCAGACAUGUCACCCAUUGAGCAUGUUUGGGAUGCUCUGAAUUGACGUGUACGACAGCGUAUUCCAGUUCCAGACAGUAUUCAGGAACUUCACACAGCCAUUGAAGAGGAGUGGGACAACAUUCCACAGGCCACAAUCAACAGCCUGAUCAACUCUAUGCGAAGGAGAUGUGAACGCGGGAACGUUGCUUUUACAUUUUUAACCAAUAACGCAGAUCUUCCGCAAUCUGGAAUGAAUCCAGACCUUAACCAGGUUAGUCUCAUUAAGAUAAAAAUAAAAAAAAUCUGAAAAUCCCUAUCUUAAAACAUGUGCAAUGUGAAUGUGUGGAGCCUACUGUAAGUAUCGAACAGUUAUUCACCCCCAUGACGAAUAAGCCAAACCCCGAGAGGCAACCAAAAGAAAAAAGAAAAAAGAAAAAAAGGAAAAAAGAAAAAAAAGAAAAAAAACACCUCUUUUGUCAAAGUCAGACAAAACCUCACAGACCCUUUAAAUGAGCCGUUCAAAAUUCUGAAAAGGACGUACCGAAAGGAAAAAAGAAAAAUAAGAAAAGAAACAAGAAACAGAAAAGUUAUCAGAGCCACUGUCUGUGUACCUCACAAUGGCUCUCGCUGAAGUUUGUGUCUCUUCUGAUCUUCUCCCAGCUGGACUUCUGAUUUCCACCCUGUCUCCUCUGAUCUGCCUGCAGACAUCCGACAGCCUUUUGCCAGCCUGUGAGCUGUCAAAGUACCCCUGGAAUCAAACGCCCAGCCAUCCCAUCUCCAUGCUCCGGUAUGAUCAAAGAGGCACAGCGUUUGAUGGAAUGCUGGCUGGACAAUCAGACCUUGAUGAUGAUACUUGAGUUCUCAGAAAGAACAGGAGAGAGGUCAUAUAAAGACAUGCAACAAGUAGUCUGCACUAUCCACCUCACCAUCACACAGAAGAGCUUCUCUGUCCAGUGGGACGCCUGCUGCCCCUCUCAGAGCUGGGCGACCCUUCACCUCUGCUGUGCACUGAGGCAGACACAAGCCUCUGAGUGUCUGCUUCCAUCGUCUGCCCACUCCCUGCCUACGUGUUUGUAAUGCGGUGUGUGUGUACUGCGUGUGUGUGUUUGUGUAUGGUCCGUGGAGCAUCCAUAGCCACGGGCCUCUCCUGUCCACUCCUGGCCCCUCAAACAAGGCAUAGGCUUCAGCUUGAUUAACCACUUAGUUCAUCCCCUCAGACAGAAUAAUGCAGGGAGAAAGCAGAGUAAUGAAGUGCUUCUCUGACGCCUUGAUUUUUGGGGUUUAGUACUGUUUGUUCCCUGUGGACAAUCUGAAGAUGCUUCUUUUUUCGCCAAAACAAGUGCCCAUCCAUGUCCCUCUCUCGUCAUCCCUAACUGGUGUGAAUAAACAUAAUCAUAAUGGUACAUAUUUUGAGAGGAAAUUGGAGGCUUUUUCUCUCAAAUCACUUCUGAUGGGCUGUUCAUCUUUCUAAUUAUGUAGAUUAUACUGUGUGUGUCAGACAUGGGCUCAACAGACGCGGAAUAGAAGAGUGCUUUGCCUUUGUACCGGAUGGAACAGAGUGUCAGAGUUCCACAAAGGUUGGCAAUUACGUUCUCCUGUAUGCUUCUUUGUUCAUGAGAAGAGGAACUGCACUCGACAGACAGACAUGGAUAGACUGUCUCAAGAAUGAUUGAGGAUUGAGGAGUCAAGACUUAGCUGAAAGUCAAGUAACUGUGCAAAGCCUGCAGUCUAGCAGCAACACUCACGGCUAGACACAUAUACCAAUCCCCAGACCCCACCGUGAACUGGGGUUCAAUUCCUGCAUCUACUGUUCUCCUACUUGCCUGUCUCCCUCUUUGUUUCCAACUGUCUAAAUCAAGUGCAAAAUGUAAAAAAUAUAGAAAAAGGAAUGUCAAGUAACUGCUGAUAGUAUUUUUCUUUCAUGAUAUCAAAUUGCCUACAUUCAUACUAAAUUUACAAUGUACGUUUACAAUGUACAGUAUCUGACUUUAAGGACUUCAAAUAGCCCUGUUUACUGUAAACAAUAUUAUGUUAAGAACUUGCACGAACAUCCCUCAUUGAGGAAAUAGAUGCCAGGUCAAAAACUGAAAAUUCACCUGAAACUUUUACAGAAAAUGUCACUUAUACUUUCGAUCACCGCUCCAAAAAGCUCGAACUCCAUCCUAACAACGCAUCCCUCUUUGAAAAAGACGCCACGGAGUGAGUGAUGUGACACACAUUCAUCAGUAUACAUAGCAGGAUGACUUGUCAAAAUCUGUGGGUGAUUAUUUCUGUCCAAGAUAUGUCAAACCAAGGAUUUGACGCAACAACUUCCCUUUGCACUCCGCUCCAAUAGACACAAAAGAGGAAACAGGGUUUUGGUUAAAUAUCUAGGGCCUUUUCACUUGCCCAUCCAGGGCUGAUAUCUAAAGCUGAAGUUACAGUGCAACAUUAUAAUACUCCAUUGACUUCACCUACAGACCUGCUAACCACUCCAAACACAGACAAGACCAUUCGUGGAGAGCCAUGUUCGAUUCCCCGACUGACCUGCCUGUGGUGCAGCUGGUGAGGGGUCAACUAAGGGGACAGCCUGAGGGGGUGAAGCAGGAAUACUUGGGCCCACCAGGACCACAUCCCCAUACCUGGCCCCAGCAGCACCGGCCCUACCUCUACCCUCCUCACCCUGCCUGUCCAACCCGGCCUGCCCGCCCUCCAUGCCCAUACCAGGGGGCCUACUACACAGAGCAGCAGCCUCCAGCCUGGUAUCAACCACACAACACAUGGGAGGUCCAGAGCCACCUGGAGGGCUCUAAGUUCCACCUGCACCAGGCCCAGAGUCAGCAGGUCAAGCAGUACCUGACCCUGGGUUCCAAGCUGGCCGGGGGACAAGGGGGCCACCCUCACCCCACUGCGCAGGGAGGGCAGCUCCUGGGCACCGUUCCAGUGAUGAGGAAUGCUCACAUGGCCCCCCUCAGCGAUGGCAGCACCCCCAGCAGCCCCGUUACACUGCUGACCCUGGCAUCCAACCACGACAGUGAGUUUCCAAUGGAUGAAGUUAUUGAUGACUUGAUUAGCCUGGAGUCCGGCUUCAAUGACGGGGGCUUGGAUUGUAUGGAUCCCAGCAUCAUAAUGCAAAACAAUGUGCUGAGCAGCAGCAUGCUGGACAUCUAUGGGUGUGAACCAGGUAUGACUACAGCCCCUCAUGGCCGAAUGACACCCACCUCACGCCCCACUAAGCUCACUACUGUAAAAAGGGAAGUCACAGAACAUGAAACGAGAGUGAUGGCCAAAGAACGACAGAAGAAAGACAAUCACAACUUGAUUGAAAGAAGACGAAGAUACAAUAUCAACUACAGAAUCAAAGAACUUGGAACAAUGAUACCAAAGUCGAAUGACCCUGAUAUGCGCUGGAACAAAGGCACCAUUCUCAAGGCGUCGGUGGAGUACAUCAAGUGGCUGCAGAAGGAGCAGCAGCACGCCAGAGAGCUGGAGAACAGGCAGAAGAAGAUGGAGCAGGCCAACAGGAGGCUACUGCUCAGGAUCCAGGAGUUGGAGAUCCAGGCCCGUGCUCACGGCCUCCCCAGCAUGGCCACUGCCCUGGGUACUGUAGAGCUCUCCUCCCAUCUCCUCAAACAACAGCAGCAGCAGCCCUUGGCUCCCCAGUCACAGCAGGGUCCUCAGCCACCCCUGUACCAGGAAGAGCUGAAUGGGGAGUACCUCCAGAGGACCUCCAUGCCAGCCAUGACCACUGGGGGCGUCACUGGGGUUACAGACCAGGGUCAGGAGGUGGUUGACGGCUCCACCACUUUCUCCGACCCACUUUCUCACUUCACAGACUUCUUCAGCGCCACGCUCAAAGAGGAGCAACGGCUGGACGAGAUCCUCAUGGACAACCCGCUCUCGCCGUUCGGCACCGACCCGCUUCUCUCCGCCGGCUCACCCGACGCCUCCAAGGACUCCAGUCACAGGAGCAGCUUCAGCUCGGACGAUGACGACCUAUGAUCCCUGACCCCUACGCGACCCCCACGGUGACCCUGUGUCAAAGGUCAAAGGACAUAGAGCAGUUGGUCACCCUCACAAAUUGGUGCGGGGAUUUGUUCCAGCCCAGCACCAACAACACAUCCGAUUCUACUGACCAGCUCGAAUCAAUGAGAGCUUGAUUAGUGGGCUCAGGUGUGUAAGUGCUGGGCAGGAGCAGAAGCCUGCACACCCUGUGGCUCUCCAGGACCAGGGUUAGUUACCACUGGCACUCCCACUUUUUACAAACUUUGGUGGAGAGUGUGUACCUCGCGGGCAGAACCAGACUCAUGAGAAAAAGGGAGAAAGACAAUCGGUCCAUACUGAUCAUAUGAUACGGUUCCAAAAUGCAUUGGACACUGGGGUUGUUGCACACCACUGUAAACUAUACGGUGGCUUUGCAAUAUGCCAAAAGAGGACAGUGUCCUUGUUCAGAUGUCUACUAUUACAGUUAUUGUAUAAAAGGACUUUAAACCAUUGAGGUUCACUGAUGGGCCCUAUCUAAAGCUAGUUACUGGUGGUUCCUCUUUCAGACAGAAAUUAAAAUGGAACAGUGAUACUUGGCGAAAAAGCCUAACACUUCCUUUGUUUGUCUUUAAAUGUAUUUUUACAAAAUGUUUUAUGUAUGUAUGUAUGUGUUUUAAUCCAUGUAUUCCUAAAAAAAAACAUUAUAUGAUCUAACAUGCUCUCUUUUGUAUUCUUAGUGGGGGUGGGGAAAAAAAUAAUAAACCCCUUUUUUUA